UGUGCGCCGGGAGCAGGCGGGGGUUGGUGUCCUGGCCAUGGCCGGCCUUUCGGACCUGGAGCUGCGGCGGGAGCUGCAGGCCCUGGGCUUCCAGCCAGGACCCAUCACCGACACUACCCGGAACGUCUACCGCAACAAGCUGCGCCGCCUGCGGGGCGAGGUCCGGCUGCGCGGCGAGGAGCGGCUGCGGGAGGAGGCCCGGGCAAGGGGCGAGGAGCGGCUGCGGGAGGAGGCCCGGGCAAGGGGCGAGGAGCGGCUGCGGGAGGAGGCCCGGCUGCGCGAGGAGGCUCCGCUUCGCGCCCGGCCCGCCGCGUCCUCCCUGCGGUCGGAGCCCUGGCUCUCCCCGCCGGCCUCGGGCCCGGCCUACGCGACCUUUGGGGCCUACGGCGACAUCGGGGCUUCCGCCACUUCCUGGUCCAAGAGCCGCGGCCUCGCCUACCCCGCCCGCCCCGCGCCGCUCAGACGCCGCGCCUCGGUCCGGGGCAGCUCCGAGGAGGACGAGGACUGCCGGCCACUCGACAGGGCCGCGCCGGGCCCCGGCCACGGAGUCCGUCGGUGGUGGGCCUCGUCCCCGGCCCCGGCGCGGCUGUCCUCCGCCCUCCUCGGCCCCGACCCGCGCCCGGGCCUGCGGGCGACGAGAGCGGGCCAGGCGGGCGCGGCGCGGGCCCGGCCCGAGGUGGGGCGGCGGCUGGAGCGCUGCCUCUCCCGGCUCCUGCUCUGGGCCAGCCUGGGGCUGCUGCUCGUCUUCCUGGGCAUCCUCUGGGUGAAGAUGGGCAAGCCCUCGGCGCCGCAGGAGGCGGAGGACAACAUGAAAUUAUUGCCAGUGGACUGUGAGACAAAAACAGAUGAGUUCUGUCAGGCCAAGCAGAAGGCGGCCUUGCUGGAACUGCUGCACGAGCUGUACAACUUCCUGGCCAUCCAAGCGGGUAAUUUUGAAUGUGGAAAUCCAGAGAAGCUAAAAAGCAAAUGCAUUCCUGUAAUGGAAGCCCAGGAAUAUAUAGCAAAUGUGACCAGCAGCUCCUCCGCCAAGUUUGAAGCCGCACUGACCUGGAUACUGAGCAGUAACAAGGACGUGGGCAUCUGGUUGAAAGGGGAAGACCCGUCCGAGCUGGUGACCACGGUGGACAAGGUGGUCUGCCUGGAGUCAGCCCGCCCCCGCAUGGGUGUCGGCUGCCGCCUGAGCCGCGCCCUGCUCACAGCCGUCACCAAUGUGCUUAUCUUCUUCUGGUGCUUGGCCUUUCUGUGGGGUCUCCUGAUCCUCCUGAAAUACCGGUGGCGGAAGUUGGAAGAGGAAGAGCAGGCCAUGUAUGAGAUGGUGAAGAAGAUUAUAGAUGUGGUCCAGGACCACUACGUGGACUGGGAGCAGGACAUGGAGCGCUACCCAUACGUGGGCAUCCUACACGUGCGCGACUCCCUGAUCCCGCCGCAGAGCCGGAGACGCAUGAAGCGGGUCUGGGACCGGGCCGUGGAGUUCCUGGCCUCCAACGAAUCCCGGAUCCAGACAGAGUCCCACCGCGUGGCCGGAGAAGACAUGCUGGUGUGGAGAUGGACUAAGCCCUCUUCCUUCUCUGACUCAGAGCGAUAAACCCUGGGCGGGGGCCUGUUCCCAAUCAGCCUGUCCCCGGCCAGUCCCCUCCAGGGGCAUGAGAGGGCCACCAUCCUGCUGGUGCUGAGUUCACACUUGCCUUGACUUCACCCUCCUCCUGACUGGUUCCAAAGGUGUGUCUGUGAGACUCUUCAGAGACGAGCUUUCAGAAGGAAAGCGUGGGCUUCCUCGAAAGGCCAGGGGAGAAGGCCAGGUGGGCAGCUGCCCUCUGCGUUGGUCUUAUCCUCUCUGCCCCAUGUUGCUGGCAGAAAGGGGAGAAGGGUUUUUUAUGAAAAGAUAAAAGCACAGCAGCCGUGAGCCCCUGCAGAGCAAGUGUGCGGCUCAGUGUGCCCCGCGCCCGUGGGAGGUGGGUCGGGGUGGCGGCUGGGACGGCAGGGGUUGGGGAGGAGCUUGGUCAUGUGCCUUCGGGGGGGUGUUACAUGGGAGCUCGAGGGUGAGGGGAGAAAGCCUGUCCUCUAGCUGGAUUGGGCCUCUUAUCCCGGAGGGGUAAGGUGCUAGAAAUUAGAACAAGUAUUGUAGGAGAACUGUCUGGGCACGCGGGGCCUCAGGUCGGGAGGAAUGAGCAGCUAGGGUGGCCUCCGGGGAGGAACCUGGAGUCGGCGAGGACGCGCCCCCGAGAGCGGAGAGGAGGGUCGAGCCGCCGCCAGCCCCGAUCUGGGCGGCCCCGCCGGAGGCGGCGUCACCAGUCCAGGCCUGCAGUCGCGGAGCGUCAGCCGAUCGCGCUCCAGGACCUGGGGAUCCUCGCACUUCCUAUGGGCAAAGAUCACCUAGUUUACGGCGACCACGCCUCCCUACCCCGAGUACUUUGCCCUUUGCCGGGAACUUCAGCCAGUGGUUUCAGUGCGCGGGGUGUGGCCGCACCUCCUCCCCCUGCUGGCCGCCGUGACCGACCCCGCUGCGCGGACCUUCGCCCGCCCGCCAGCGCCUCCCCGGCAGGCGGAGCGACCUCCGGAAACCUCCGCGGGGGCCUUAUUAGUUAAGGGCUGGGAGCGUCUCCAUCAGAGCAGCAUCCCCACAAGUUCUCGUCCGCGGCGGGCGGGAGAGGGGACGAGCCGAGGAGACGGAACAGCUGCCUCCAAAGGGCAUUAAGCACCCCUCUCUGGUCUUAUUGGUAUUUUUUGUUUCCUUAAUAAAGCGCCAGUCUCUCUCA